UCAACUGUUUAUUUCUUGAAAAUCAUCUUGAAAUCAUCUUGAGGAUGUUUCCUCAUGUACAAAAAUGUAUUUUUCCAAACUCAUUUAAAAACUACGUUUAAAAGUCUGUAAUCUACACACAAAUAAAAGCACAGCCACCCAAUAUAAUGCAGGAAGGAACGGCAUUCUUUAGUCAGUUGUAAGUAAGGCAAUAAAAACCAUGAAAAUAUGUGAUUGCAACAUAAUUGCAAACAUGUGUUGCUACUACUCCAUUCAGAGCUUUUAUUGUCACCAAGAGGGUUGUCUAAGUAAGCAAAAUUUAAGUUUACAGCACCAUGUGGUGUUUAUCACUAUCUGUAGUCAAAAGUUACAAAAAAGCCUUCAAGUACCAGAUUGUUUUUUGAAAAAGACAAACUCAAAAAGGAGAGACAAGAAUGGGAGGUUUUGGCGUAAGCACGCGGACUCAAACACAAGCGACGACAGGCAAGCUGCUCUGGUCUUUCAGGAGCUUUCAAUUCAUCGUGAUUUCCACUUAUCGCUUCACCGUUGUCAGGUGUCCAGCUAAAAAACAAAAAAACAAAAUACAGUCCAGUUAUGUCUUUAUUAUCUUUGGCUAGAUCACUCUGACCUGAAAAUCUGUAACGUAGCACUCCUUGUCAAAAUAUUUCCCUCUGAACUGCAGUGUGCUCCAUCUGAGAGGAUGUCGCUAUUUUUCCACUUCAUGAACUACAUUUCCUUGGAUGAUGUCCACAUAUAAUAUCCAAGCACAGCAUGCACACAAACCACUGCAGUUGUCCAGAUACGAAACAUAAUAUGGAGAUUACUUGGGGUUGGAACACCCUACAUGCUGUGAGAAGAAUAAAUUACUUUUAAAUAGAUGGGGCAGUAUUUGAAAACUAAAAUAAAGUGUUUUGUAGUGCUACGCUAGUUCAUUUUUUUUCUUUAUGUGGAGGAGGAUGGUCUCCUCUCUAGGUGCUGAAGUCAGCUGUGCACUAGAUGGCACCACCAGAGGCCUGAAGAGGUAAGAGGAGUGGCAACGCAAAAGGAACUGAUGUUUUGACAAAGAGACGAGAGCAGAGCAAAGGAAGAAUCUGGCCUAAAAGUAUCACCUCAUGAAACCUAAGGGGGUGGCUAUUGCAGUUGUGGCCCAGUAUGUGAUCAUGCCUCUUACAGCCUUUUGCUUGGCUAAGGGGUUCCAGUUCAGUGAUGUAACAGCUGUGGUUGUUCUGGUCUGUGGCUGCUGUCCUGGAGGAACUCUCUCCAACACAUUUACUCUGGCUCUAAAGGGGGACAUGAACCUCAGCAUCGUGAUGACUUCCUGCUCCACAUUGUUGGCUCUGGGUAUGAUGCCUCUCCUGCUCUACAUCUACUGCCAGGGUUUCCCCAGCGUGCGGGACGCUGUCCCUUAUGUUCAAAUCAUCUUAUCGUUGGUCUUGAUCCUUGUCCCGUGUGGCAUCGGCAUCCUCAUCAAGACCUACAGGCCGCAGUAUUCGAAGAGGGUCACAAAGGUAGGGAUCAUUAUAAUGCUGAUUUUUACUGUGGUGACCUUGAUCUUAACCGCUAUUGGAAUCGGACACUACGUCCUGACUGUGCUGUCUCCUUCACUCUUGGCCAUUGCUGGUCUCAUGCCUUUGAUAGGCUACUGCUUUGGAUAUGUCUUUUCUGCAAUCUUCAGACUCAGCCACAGAGAGGGGAGGACCGUUUCCAUGGAAACAGGCUGUCAGAAUGUCCCGCUGUGCACCACCAUAUUGAAGGUAGCUUUCCCUGACGAAGUGGUGGGUCCUCUGUAUCUAUUCCCGACAGUCUACAUGGUGUUUCAGUUGUUGGAGGCAGCGAUGAUCAUCAUGCUGUUUUGGUGCUACCAAAGGUUUAAGAGAAAAGAGAAAGAAACUUACCAGGCUGCUGCCACUGGAGGGGAUCUGAAAGAGUCUGAUGUGUGAUGUCAAUUACCACUCAUAUAUUUCCCUAUUAGCAUGAACUCUUACACCAAAGGGGCUCCAAACGAAGUAAACAAAAAUCCUACAGCUUACUAAACAAACAGAAAAAUGUGCAUGAUUAUUAUACCAUAUUUUUAUCUGAAACCUGUAAAUGUAUUAGUAACUUCAGUUAUAAAACACUAAUGAAGACAAAAUACAGUUUUAAAUAAAUGUUUGAAAAUUC